AGCAGCAGCAGCAGCAUGCCUGAGAAUGUACAAGAGAGGAAACCAAAGAUCUCAGCUUCCAGGAAGCUGAUGCUUAAGAGUCUGAUGGUGGCGAAGGCCAAAGAGGAGCUGGAGCAGGAGAUUGUUGACAAAGAGGAGGAGAAACACAAGUACCUGGCAGAGAGAGCUCCGCCCCUCAACACCAGCGGCCUGAGCCUCGCACAGCUGCAGGAUCUCUGCAGGGAGCUUCACGCCAAAAUAGACGUGGUGGACGAGGAGCGAUACGACAUCGAAGCCAAAGUGAUGCUGAACAAACGCGAGAUUAAAGAUCUGAACAUCAAGGUGCUGGACCUCAGAGGGAAGUUCAAGAGGCCCAACCUGCGGCGCGUGCGCGUGUCGGCCGACGCCAUCCUCCGCUCACUGCUGGGCUCCAAACACAAAGUGUCCAUGGACCUGCGGGCCAACCUCAAGUCUGUGAAGAAAGAGGACACGGAGAAGAAGCGGCCGGUUGAAGACAGUGACUGGAGGAAGAACGUGGAGGCCAUGUCAGGGAUGGAGGGAAGGAAAAAGAUGUUUGACGCUGCGAAAGGUUCCGCUCAGUGAGCGACGUCAGCUCCUCCUGCGCUUGGUUCACUACAGGUUGUUUGUUUGUUGUUGCUGUCGUUCUUGCUCCUGGUGGUGGAGGUGAGAAGAUGGAAGACGUCUCCAGACUCUCAAAGUGUUCUCCUCUCUUCUGGUUGCUGUUUAUUGAUCAGGUGUUAAUCGACAUAAUAUAUGUACAAUCGUGUGUCUAAGAAAGUUGCGCUGAGUUACUUUGGCUCAGAAAUGUCUGGUACCGACAGCCAAUGAUCUGGUCAAAUUUAAGAGCACAGAUGAUGAACUGUAAAAAACAUUCUGUUGUGAUUUUUAUGAACUAAACAAACUCA